ACGUCACAAGAAAGAGGUGCGGCAGUUACAGAGCGCCGAGCAGACUGAACUUUUAGUGGAAGUGUAGAGCUUCGGGAUAUUUUAUUAAAAGACGUUUUGAUUGUUGUUUUUUGUUAGUCAGCAGAGGACAAAAUCAUGUAUAUGCAUUUGGAACAAUGUCCUAGACAUCUGCUGGUCUGUGAAAAAUCUAACUUUACGAAUGAGAAGUCACGGCAUGGUAUUCACGUGCAGAGCCACUACUUCAAUUACCAGGUGAAUAUGUUAAUUCCUGAGUGUGCUGUUCUACCUUCUGAACUGAAUGCACUUGUCAACUCCUUUGAAAAAUAUUAUCUUGUGAAGAAUGUACCAGUAUAUGAACUAGUGGAGCAGCAGUUCAUUGACAGAUUUGUUAAAAAAGGUUCUGUGUAUGCCCUUUCUUAUAACACACAAAUAGAUCAAGACAACACAGUGGCUUUAUUGCCUACAGGAACACUUAUUUUGUCAGUGGAUAAGGAUACAUAUGAAGAACUUGGACUGGAGGGGAAGUCUUCUCAAUACUCUCACAAGGCUGUGAUGCGUUAUGUUAUUACAGUUGACUUAAAGUCACUAGUCCCUGGCACAGCCAAAAACAAGAGAGUUAUGUGGGCGCUGAAAGAGAAGCUACUAGUUAAGUGUGACUUUUUGAUAAUGUGGAACUCUCCAGGUGAUGAAGAUUUCAGCCUCUCUACUCACUUUGAGAAGUACCAAUGUAAGGAACAUGCACCAGCUGUGUCUACAAAAGUGUUGAGAGACCUUCCGUAUCCAGUUAUUCAAAGUUGUGAUCUGAGGGGAAAUCCGGAAAAGUCAUGUGAUGCCUCAGAAUUUAUGGAGUGGCUAGGUGCAGUUACUUCAGAAAUAGAAUGCAACAACGAAGCAUCCAAUUUCUUGUCCACAUUUUGCUGUCCAGAGCCCAGCAGUGUAAUGGAGAAAGCUUAUCUUUGCACAGUUACUGGCUUUCUGCUGCCAGAGAAUAUCUGUAAGCUAUUGGAACAGCUGUGCCACUAUUUUGAUGAGCCCAAAUUUGCCCAGUGGACAUCUUUGACUGUUCACGGUUUUGCAGACAGUCCUGUAAGUUGGGGGAGUGCUGAACAUGGAUUUCACAAAGGAGGAGAAAAUUUUUACAAUUUUGUUGUUUUCAAAAAUCGGGAUUAUUGGCUGCAGAUGGCAGUAGGAUCACAUGAUGGCUGUCCGCCUUAAAAGGAUAAAAAAUAUUUAGAUAUGUUUUGACAAAGUCAUUCUCAUUAGUAACGUGUGCAAGUGUGGCCCUGCAGGUUGCAGCAUUCAGUAAUGGAACAUUUUUGUUGCUCAUGCAUAAAAUUGUAUUAACAUCCACAAAGUGGAGAAUCAUAAAGCCACAGAGCUGGAUUAUUUAAUGACACUUUUUAACUCAGUUGUACAACUUUUGCAAAGCUAGAAUACAGUAAAUAAAGAACAUUUAAAAUUCACUUCUCCUCUCUCAGAGAUGGUGACCUGAAGAUGCUUCUGCCCACAUCCCACUGCCUCUGGUCUCGACUGUGGAAGCUACAUCUUCCUCUUUACCUUUACAAACAAGUCCCCAGUUGGUGAAGAAGAUCCUGGGAUUGAAGUCCUUUUUUUAUUGUGUCUUUGGCCACUAACCAAAAACAUUUAAUAGUGUGAGAAGUCUUGUUAAUCCAUCGGACAUCUCCAGUGGGAUUAGUUGGAAGAA